UAACGCAAUAUACGGGUGUUCGUAGAACGAGAGAGAUAAAGGAACAUGCGGAAUGAAACGGUCGCGUUUCGGCUGUCAUGAUUAUUCGUUCGCCUAACGCCUAUCGUCCAUUUAAAAAUCUAGCUAACACGAUAUCGAUAAUACGCGGAUUACUUAUUAAAUCUAAAAGCCAAGAGCGCGCAGUGUGAAGUUAGUAAACGUACGAACGGAAACACGGGGUCGUCGUUUUUUUUUUUUUUCAGAUAUUCGACGACAAAACGAGAAAGAGUGGUGCUAGUGCCAAUUAUAUAUAUGGAGAUAGAAGCUACAUGCGCGUAAACGUAUAAUAGUUCCCAUCUUACACCGUCUAAAGUGUAUGCAAGGGAAUGCAUAUAUAUGUUUUAUAUAUAUAUAUAUAAAAAGAGAGAGAGACAUAUAGAGACAUAGAUAUACGUGUGUAUAUAUAUAUAUACAUAUACAUAUACGUACACAUAUAUGAUCGAAGAUUCACGAUAAGAAGAGUAAAGAAGUAAAAAAAAAAAGAAGAGAAAAAAGAGAGAAAGAAGAAAAAAUUAAAAAAAAAGAAAAAGAAGCGUUACAAUAUUAUCGAAAGAUAAGAGGACGAAUCGAAAAAUAUAGAGAAAAACCGGCUUCCCAUUUCUAGUGGUGCUUUUUUCCUUUCUUUUCUGGUGGGGUGAUUGGUUAGAUAUCUGGUGCCGAAAAUCCUACACCUACUUCCUAGGUUUUUUUGUCAAUGACGUACCACUGCUACGAGAAGAAUACCGGUGGUCGUUGUCGGGAAUCCGAUGCUCUCGCAUGUCGUCGUCCGGCAAAGUGAAAUACAGAUUCGUCGUUUACUUGAUUUUCUUUGGCCUAGAGCUGACUAGCUUCGACGAAAGCGUGGACGUCGUCACACCGGAGAUGAAAAUUGAAACGUCCCAGGAUUUGACAUAAAGGAUAGGAUUUCCUAAAAGAGGAAUGUUGUUUAUUGAAAAUAUGGAAAAUCUUCUGCCGUAGUGGCAGGUGUGAUGUUGGUCACGCAGACUCCCUCCUCGAUGGACAAUCCACCGAAUAUGUUAUCGGUGCUCGAGGGGGAGGCGCAAAACGACGUGGAUGACAUAUUCCCACCGCAUGUCGAUACUACGAACAUCGUAAUACAACCAGAAUCGCCAACAAGUAAGAAGCAACCAUUGAAGACCUUCAAAGAGGUCAAUGCACUUUUACAAACAGGCAGGAAGAGGGAAGUAAAAUUAAUUAUUAGGGAGAAUGCUUGGCCUUUAAACAAUGGUAUCAGGGCACAACUUUGGCCGGCUCUUUGCAAUCAGUAUGCACAUGGAAAAAAUAUGCUUGAUGGAUUUUAUUGGGACAUGGUGAAUCAAGUCUUUGGAACUACAGAGUUACCUGAAAAAUCAAUCAUGUUGCCGCCAUUCGUCGAUAGCACGCAUUGUCUAUCGUAUAAUUUAACGAGAAAAGGUAGAAGCGUCGCUGAUAGAGUCGUUUCUGUUCUUGGAUACGCUUGUCCUGAUAUUACUUAUAGUCCAUCGUUGUAUCCUAUUACUGCCCUUCUAUUACACUUCAUGCCAGAAGAAGAAUGUUAUCACUGCAUGGCCAGUUUAGUAGCUGUAAAAGAAAAAAUGUUUAUUACGCAAACGAAACUUCUUUACGAAGUUACGUGGAAAACGGUAGAGCAGAUAACUAAGAAACAUGUGAAAUCAGCAGCAGUACAUUUAACAAGGCAUUGUUCUGUCUCAAGAGCAGAAAGGAUUUACAUGGAUUGGAUUUGGUGGAUCCUUCAACUUCUUCCAUUUCAACAUCUUGUUAGAGUGAUAGACUGCUUUUUACACGAAGGCAUUAAGGUCUUCUAUCGAGUAGCUAUGGCAAUUGUUCUGCAAUUCUACAAACAUUCGUCGUCGCAAAAUUCAGAAUGGAUGGUCGAAAUAACUAAAAAUGGUGUGGAUGCUGCUCUUUCGAAGUUCUGCAGACAGAUACCAGUAACGCCGGCAAAAUUUUUGCAAACUGCAUUUCGAAUUCGUGGACUUAGUUCGGCAUACAUAUCACGAGUGUUCCUGCGUACGGAAAUGGCUUUGAAAAGUAGAAGCGUAUUGACAGGGUCCAAGUCAUUAACAAGAUCUCGAUCAACGGAUAAUCUACCUACGAGUCAAUCUCAAGUCAACAUCCAAAUGAUGUCUCAUACAUUGACGAUAAGAGAAAAAGAGUGCGAAGACACGUACAAAGACAGGGGUGCUCACAGUCCUGGACCCAGAGCUCUCUCAAUGGGUGUUUAUCCCAUACAAAACAUAUGCUCCCAGAUUCUUGACAUGUCUGAUUUAUUCACCUUAUGGUCAUGGCUACCUAUGAGAAUAACCAUGUACCAACCAAUUUUGCUGUACACCACAGAAGAACACGGAUGUUCUUUGACAACAUUUUAUGUACGCGUUGAACAACACGAACCAACUCUUUUAAUGAUAAAGACAUGUAAUAACGAGGUUUUUGGAGCGUAUUGCUCGACAAGAUGGUGUGAACGUAAUUUAAAGGAUGAUAAGGGUCAAAGACAAGCGUAUUUUGGUACAGGAGAAACAUUCCUGUUUAGUUUGUAUCCAGAAAGAGCCAAGUAUCCAUGGGUAGGUAUGGAUUCUUCGCACAAUGAUUCUAGAGUACAUCAUUCGGCUGAAUUAUUUAUGGCGGCCGAUUCAAAAAUGAUAACAAUUGGUGGAGGAGACGGCCAAGCAAUUUGGAUGGAUGAAAACAUAAGAUACGGCAAAACCGACCGGUGCUCAACAUUUAAUAAUCCACCAUUAUGUGCUAGCGGUGAUUUUGAAAUCAGGGUACUCGAGGUAUAUGGCUUUGCCGGUGCUUGAAAACGAAAGGGUGACAGGGAAAAAAACAACAAGAAAACUGAGAACCAAUUGCCAUAUAUCGAUUUCUUUUAUUCCUUACUGCCAUUUAGCGACUCUCUUUAUAUGUAUGAGUGCGUACGUAUACUCAUACAACUUUUGGCUUAUAUAUGCAUUAUAGAUUAUGGCUUCGACUCAUCAUCUAUGUGUGUAAACGUUUUGUGUCCACAAAUAAGAUGAUAACAGUAAUGAUAUAUCUUCUCGAUGAUCACAUAUAUGUAGGAAAUAUUUAAAACGUUAAAAGAUACGUCUAUACAUAUGAAUGUUCUGUCGCAGCGAGUUAAUCAAAAAUUUUAAAAAAGAAAAAAAAAAGAGAAAAAAAGGAAAAAAGAAAAAAAGAUAUAAGAUCUAAUUGAGAUGGUUCUUAUGUCAGCUUAUUUUCGUAUGUGCUUUUUUUUUUUUUUUUCUUUUUUUCUUUUCUUCUGUCUGUCUGUCUUUCUUUCUCUGUUUCUUUUUUUCUUUCUUUUAUCUUUCUUUUUUCUUUCUUUCUAAUGCUUUAUUUCCGUGAGAGUAUUUGUCUGAUAUAUACAUACAUACGUCGUUACAAACUCAGUUAUAUAGUAGCUCCAAUUAAAAUAAUAUGUACCAAGAGGAGCGUUGCUUUUUACACGAAAACGAACUUCGACAAUAAUUGCAGCAUAUAUACGAGAAUAAUAUGUGUUAUUUAUAUUCGUUAUUUAUGAAUAUUUAAUAUUCAUCGAGCUAGUAAACAUUGUUAUAUAUUUGUGUAUAUAGUUAUAUAGAUAGAUAGAUAGAUAGAUAGACAGAUAGAUAGAUAGAUAAAUAGAUAUAUACGUAUAUUGAAGAUUAUUUCAUUGCGCCCAAAUAAUUAUUAAUUUGCAAUGUAUCAAUCUUUCCACGCGCAAGUAUGAUUUUUCUUUCUUUUCUUUUUUUUCUUUUUUUUUCCUUUUAAAAAUUUAUUUAUCUUAGCUCUAACUUCGAUCAUUUAUUAACAAAAGUAUAAGGAUAAGGAGUAUGAAAAAAAUUAAAUUUCAUAAUACAUAACUAGCAUUAUAUCUCUAUGCAUGUUACACGAAUAUGUCCUCUCGUAUAAGUAUAUAUAUAUCUAUUGUAAAUAUUAUAAAUAUCAUGUAUCCUAUGCACACAAAUAGAUAUCCCAAAAGGGCGGAUUAACGUUGUUCGAAAUAAUUGCCUCUUUUUGAGGAAACAAACGAAAAUAAAAGAAAAAAGAAAAAGAAUCGAAAACAGGCAAAAGGCUGAAUUUUGCAAUUUUACGCUUCUCUCGUAACGAUUAUAAUAGCGAAUAAUAGUAUUGUUAGAAACAACAAGGAGCUAUAUAUAUUAUAUAUGUAUGUAUGUAUGUAUGAUGUAUGUAUGUAUGUAUGUAUACAUAUAUAUAUAUAUACUUUAAUUAGUUGUCAUAUUAUAUGUAUUUGCAAUCAUACAUGAAACGAUCGUCAUAGAAUUAGAAGUUAUGGAAAAGAACUAAAAGGGAAGAAAUUAUUAUUAUUAUUAUUAUUAUUAUUAUUAUAACUAUUAUUAUUACUAUUAUAACUAUUAUUAUUAUUAUUAUUAUUAUUAUUAUCAUUAUUAUUAUUAUUAAUUUUUUUAAUACAUAAUUAUACUCGUUAUGCUCUUUCAUAACAAACUUCGUACAAUUUAAAUAAGGAAGAGUUAGAUGUAGACAUUACGAACAUUAUUAUUAUUAUUAUCACCAUCAUCAUCAUCAGCAUCAUUAUUAUCAUCAUUAUCAUCAACAUUACCGUUAUCAUUAUUAUUAAUUAUUAACUAUUAUUUUUGUUUCUUUUUCCUUUUUUUUCUUUUCUUUUCUUUUCUUUGUGAUCAAUCUGUAUCGUCGUAAUAUAAAACGAUACAAGAUUUAACUCUUAGAGUACCUGCAUCCGUGUUUAGUUUUGAGUUAAUUCCUCGUUUCGAAAAAAAGAAAUAAUAAAAAAAAGCAAAUGAACAAACAUGAAAGCAUUGUAUUAAGAAUGGGAGAGGGAGAGAGAGAGAGAGAGAGAGAGAGAGAGAGAGAGAGAGAGAGAGAGAGAGCCAGAGAGAAUGCGUUUUCAUGGUGCAUGAAAAUAAUGCAUCAUCUGCAAACUGAGAUAUAUAAAUGCAAUUUCUUUCUUUUCUUUUUUCUCCUUUUUUUUUCUUUCUUUUAUGUACAGAGAUUCCAAGUGGCAGGCACCACUUUUCCUUCGAGCUAUGAUAUAAUAUUAUAUGCAUACAUACAUGUAUAUGUAUGUGUGUAUGUUAUAUAUAUAUAUAUAUAUAUAUAUAUAUAUAUAUAUAUGUAUAGGCAAAUCGUGAUUUUUUGUUCAUUGCAUAAAAAUUUUACUACGAAUUUUAGAAUCACACUCCACUCCUUCGCCAACGUAUAUAUUAGUACUCGAUCAAUAGAAAUAUAAUUCAAUAUACGUAUUGAAUUCAUGUAUAUAUAU